AUGAGGCUCCUCAUAACGCUCAUCCCGCUUCUCGCCGCGGCGGCGACCGCCGAGGAGGCGGAGGCCGUCGGUCCCGUCAUCGGCAUCGACCUCGGCACUACCUAUUCCUGCGUCGGAGUCUACCGGAAGGGCAAGGUGGAGAUCAUCGCCAACGAGCAGGGGAACCGAGUGACGCCGUCGUGGGUGGCGUUCACCGACGACGGCGAGCGGCUGGUCGGCGACGCCGCGCGCUCGCAGUCCUCGCUCAACCCGGUAAACACGAUUUACGACGCGAAGCGGCUCAUCGGCAGAGGCUUCCGUGACGAGGAGGUGCAGAAGGACGCGGAGCACUGGCCGUUCAAGGUUGUGGCGACGGCGGAGGGCAAGCCCGCGGUCGAAGUUGCGGCGGGCGGCGCCACCAAGCGCCUCCUCCCUCAGGAGAUCUCGGCGAUGGUGCUCGGGAAGAUGAAGGGCGCCUUCCUAGGGGAGGAGGUGCGCAACGCGGUGGUGACCGUCCCCGCCUACUUCAAUGACGCGCAGCGCCAGGCGACCAAGGACGCCGGCACCAUCGCUGGGCUGAAUGUGAUGCGGAUUCUGAACGAGCCGACCGCUGCGGCGCUCGCGUACGGCCUCGACCGCUCGAGCGACUCGGGCGCGAACGUGCUCGUGUUUGACUUGGGAGGAGGAACGUUCGACGUGUCGCUCCUCUCCAUCGAUGCGGGCGUCUUCGAGGUUCUCGCCACGGCGGGCGACACACACCUCGGGGGCGAGGACCUAGACAACCGGCUCGUCGAGUACCUGCUCGGCCUGCACGCAAGGAAGCACCCCGGCGCGACGGUGACCUCCCCCUCCGCCAAGGCGAGGCUGCGGCGCGAGGCGGAGCGGACGAAGCGCGCGCUGUCGUCGGAGAGCUCUGCGCGCGUCGAGGUCGAGUCGCUCGCGGCGGGGCGAGACUUUUCGGAGACGGUGACGCGCGCCAAGUUUGAGGAGCUGUGUGCGGACCUCUUCAAGGCUACCCUCGCACCGGUGCAGCGCGUGCUGACGGACGCAAGGGUGAGCAAGCGCGAGGUGGACGAGAUCGUCCUGGUCGGCGGCUCGACUCGCAUCCCAAAGGUUCGGCAGCUGCUCAAGGACUUCUUCAACGGCAAGGAGCCGAGCACGGCCGAGCCGAGCACGGCCGUCAAUGCUGACGAGGCGGUCGCUUACGGCGCUGCGGUGCAGGCGGGCGUUCUCUCCGGAGAGCGCGACAAGGUGACGGAGGAGCUGCUGCUGCUGGACGUUACGCCACUGACCCUCGGCCUCGAGGUCAUCCCGCGCAACACCGUCGUGCCGGCGAGCGCGAGCAAGACCUACACCAACCAAGAGGACGGCCAGGCGGCCGUCUCAAACAAGGACAACCGCCUCCUCGGCCAGUUCGAACUCUCCGGCUUCCCCCCGAUGCCAAAGGGCUCCGCGCAGAUCGAGGCGUCCGUGACGUUUGACAUCGACGCGAAUGGGAUCCUCGCUGUGAGCGCGCGCGAGCACACGUCGGGCGUCAACGCAAAGAUUACAAUCACAAACUCGGACAAGCUCAACCAAGACGAGAUCGAGAGGCCCGCCCGCGCCGCGCUCGAGGGGUACAUCUACUCGAUCCGGAAGGAGCUCAAGGAGCGGGGCGACGAGAUCGAGGACGCGCACCGCGACGAGAUCGACAAGGCGCUCGAGCUCGUCGACGACUGGCUGGACAGCGACGCCGACGAGGCCCGUCUCCCGCCCGAGAGGCUCGCCGAGCUGCGCGACUCGAGCGUCGAGCCUCUGCUCCGCAAGUACAGGGGGGGCGCCGGGCCGGGCGGCGGGGAGGGCGACGAAGACUUUUACGGCACGCCCGAGGAGCACGAGGAGUUAUGA